AUGGAAGCAUUGCAAAAAGAGAUUGCGAAGAACAUGAAAGGGGAGAACGAUAAGGAGGACGGCAUACCUGAAACAUUGUGCAGUACGUAUCAAACCGGAAAUGAACCAGUAAGUGAAGAGGACAAAGCUAGGUGUGCACUACUUGCACGAAUAAUGUUCUACAUCGACGGGUUAAACGGUGAGGGUUCAACAGUCGAUCAACGACGGGAAAACACCAAUAUGAAACAGAUAGAGGACGCAAUGAAGUGUAUAAUAGGCAGUGUAUACAUAAGGAAAAUAAUGAAGCUCGCAUGCUGGGAGCAGCGUAUUCGCGAACAUGCACUGAACGCCGUGGACGAACAUGUAAAUGAAAUGCAAGGCACAAGCAGAAGCAGGAAGUGUGUGAAUUGGGAAUUUGGGAAUACAUGCGUAGGGGGUUUUAUUCCUGAAUCGAAAAUUACGCAAUGGAUGCUGAGCGAUAGAACUGUUACGGACAGAGUGCAGGACGCUGCACGCGAUUCGUCGUGUGCAGGACAGGACUGGACACGUAGGAUACAGGCCACGGAACAGCGCGCAAACGAGGGCAUACACGCUACGCAAUGUGCAGGAAGUCAAGGCAAAGCACAUUUCAAUGCGACAUCAGGACACGGGGACCAAGGAAGCCCAAGACCAGCCGCCGCGGCCAAACCAGUAGCGGCGAAACCGGCAUCACCACCGUCAUCGGGGACGGGGGGGACGACGUCAACGACGACGGCAACAUCUGGUGGUGGUGGUACUGGUAAGGGCCGUGAUGCCGCUGCCGGACCGAAGGAAGGAACGAAGACGGCCCCAGCAGGGGAAUGUCAAGGGGACAGAUUAUCGGAGUGGAAGCAUAAGCCAGUGUACGUGGUGCAGCCACAUAAUAAAGACCAUCUGCAAAAAUUGAAUAAAGUGUUGGAAGAUUUUAAAGAAUACAUGGAUGAACACAAAGACAAAGAACAAGCAUAUGGUGCCAACUGUUAUAAUGCAGGUUGGGAUGAUAUAGACAAGGACAACGUCCAUUACAUGGGCCAAAAAGUGGCGGACGUAGUACGAUGCAGAUUCAUGACUCUUGCAUUAGGCUUUGCAAAUGGGUGGACAGCCACAAAGCAGGAUAGGAACGACACAGUGAAAAUGGAUCCGGAAGAACAGAAUAGCCUAAGAUGUGAAGUAGUGAAUGUAUUUGGACACCUACUGAGACACAGGUAUUGUCCACAGCAAGAAAAGUGGAGAAGAGGUACAGAAUAUGCCGGUAUAGCAUUCAAGCAGAUGAAGAGUCCCGAGCAACAUGGACACGGAGGACUGGGGGGCCCUGUAAUGGAAGGGAAGUGCACAAUGUGUGGGUAUGGACAUAAUAAACAGCACGUAGACGCAGUAAAUUUGGACAUAGUAAACUGGUUGUUGCAGCAAACCAAAAUAUUGGAAGGCAUGGAGCAAAUAGAAGGGGGGGCAGACUGUAAUACGAAGUGGAAGGAGUAUACAGCAAACAAGAGGAAGGACGAUGACAACAGUAAAGUGGACGAAAAGAAAAUCACUGAAAUAAAAGAACAGGAAAAGGAGGUAGUGGAGGCGGCAAAAAAGACCAUUGAGGACUUAAAGAAAAAGGUAGAAGAGGAAAUUGCACACAAGGCAAAGGCGGCACCGAACGCAUCAGACCAGAGCAACAAGACAGGCCAGGACUCCUCUCCGAAGGCUUCAGGGAAAGAAAAAGCAAGUAACGGACCACAGGGAACAGGCACCACACCAUCAGGAACAUCAGCAGAUACAUCAAACCUGGGAAGGGCAGAUGUCACACCUGGACGAAAGGACGGGGGUUCCCAACCACAAGCACCUGCAUCCCCAGUCUUACCAGCAGCACCACCACCUCCUGCUCCACCACCAGAACCGGCACCAGAAGAAGGGAAAAACGGAGCACAAGGUGAUGCAGCACCGGCACCACCAGCAGGAGCAGAACUAGGGCGCAAGGGUGAUGCAGGACCAGCUGGUCCACAGGGAGAAACUGGAGCAGAGGGUGAAGCAGGUCCAACCGGACCACAGGCGGAUCCCGCAUCAGGGGCAGCUGCGGGACCCGUACAACCACCCCGACCUGCGCCACCACCAGGCCGGCCUAGUGGAACAGAGGAUCAAGCAACCACAUCACCACUACCCGCAGCUCCACAGCCGCCUAAGAAGGACGACACUACCCCAGUUACAGCACCGGCAGCAACAUCUCCAGGUAAGGCGACAUGUCCUGGUAGUAACGGCCCAUCUCCAGGUGUCUCCAUUAGUUGUGAGACUACCUCGGAUGAGGUAUUAGGCAUGACACCAGAAGUCACAAAACUCCUGGCGCAGGACGAGAAGGAGCGGGCAAAGGCACCCAUUAGUCCUAACCCAAGUUCAGAGACAGGACCUGCAGUAAACGUGCCUGAACCACAACCAGCACCAAAAGACCCUGAGCCAGAUAAAGCGCAACGACCCUGCAGUCCAGAUGAUUUCGACCUCUCCAGUAGCUUCGGCGGGGGUACCCCCACGCAUUGUACGAAGGGUGCCAGUAGUACCUCUUCCUCAGACAGCACUUCUUCAUGUAGUGGUACUAAGAGUAAGGAGGCUGUUGCAGGGGGUGGUAGUACUGCAGGAGGCCCCAAUGCCAUUACUGGGGGCACACAGGAUGGUCAUACGUCGCGUUCCGCGCAACCUGCACCGUUCCCUUUCGACCCAGUAAAUAUAUUUACACAGGACAUAGAAAAUGUCGCAGGAGGAUUCGUACCACCGGUUCCAGCACAUGGAACAGUGCGUUCAUCGAAUAACAACCAAGGUCCCGGACACGUUAGCCACGCUGUCCCCGACCUAACCGGCGACGUCCUUACCGCCACUACUCCCAUCCUGUUUUUUCUCACUUCCGUCAUCGUCGCCCUUCUUGGUUAUUCCCUUUGGAAAUACUUUGCGCACCUCGCCAAACGAGGACGAACAUAUCGAACCAUUCGUGACGUGCCGUCACCGCCACUCGACGAAGACAUUCUAGAGCAUCUACAACGCGGCGAACUGCCACCACCCGAUUACGGGUACACGAUGAUUAGGGACAGGCAGCCCGGCAGAUUGCCCGCACGACGACGACGCCCACCACGCGUGCACAAGCGCACGAUCAUCGAGCUACACUUAGAAGUGCUCAACGAAUGUGAAGCAACCGAGUGGGAAAACGUCAAAGAGCACUAUUUGCAGAUUGUCGAUUUGAUGCGGGACGACGACACGAAUAACAGUAUCUUGGGUGUUUAUACCUCAAACCAGGGUUUAUCAGGGAACCAUGUUUCCUUCACCGUGGAUCCAUCCACUGACGCCGACGGAACGGAUGCAUGUCCACCACAUGACCCCGAUCCAUGCAGUUGUAUGGACACUAUACAGUUACCAACGGACCCUUGCCCACCCAAUGCACACGACCCCGAUCCAUGGAGUUGCAUGGAAAACAUACAGUUCGCAACGGACCCUUGUCCACCGAAUGAAGAUGACCGAUGGAAUUGUAUGGAAACUAUACAUACAGACACAGCACCGAGUCCCUCUACUGGUUGCGGGCCUGCGACUUCGGACUACAUCCACUGGAUUCACUGGAUUCACCGCAACAAACAUAUUGUGCGGGCGUGCACGACGCAGCCGUGGUUUUUGCAAUUAAAAGCGCAUUGGAAACAACAUGUGCGUGAGCACAUGGUGGCAGACGCAGCAUCCGGUGAGCACAGGACAGCCGCAACCAUGGAAAGGAAGAAACUGGACGCAUGGAAAGAAUGGGUAGCGCAACAACAUCGGCAAAUGAGUAUGUAUUGUGAGGAGGCGUGGUUUACGCAUUUGUUGAACAAUGUAGAGGAGGAGACAGUACCGCAACACGGCCAAGUACCACGAGUAGCAAAACACUUAGAAGUGGAACAUGUAAUGGGACUAGAAGAUAUGCUACGAGUGAGACAUUUACCCCGGUCGCAACUGCAUAAGCAACCUUACAUGAAAAAACCAUUAACCGCUCACACAUGGAUGCUCCUGCUCGCGUUCGUAAUCGAACACUGCGAGCUCGAGAGUAGUAUGCAAGAGAAGGAGUUAUAUUUGGAUGCCCUAUUGGACAAGCUAUGA